AUGGACAGCGUAUCAGCCUCGCUCAUGCAGGAGAAAGGUCAGUAUCACCUUUUCUUCUCCCACUGUCCCCAAGACCGACAGUGGGUGGAGCAUCUGAUCGCAGAAUUGCAGUCUCCACCCUAUAACUAUCUAUGUACCGUCCUGCGUGCCGCCAUGCUGAGCCAGCAGGUGGUCUUAGUUCUCAGCAGACACUAUCUCCAAGGAACCUGGGCAUCCUUCGAGAAGACCAUGAGGCAGCUUUCGCAGAUGAGUCAAUAUCAUCAUCAGGUGCUGGCAGUAUUGCUAGAAGACUGUGACAUCCCAGAAUCCAUUGGCAGUUUCUACUGCCUGGAGGCUCGUGCACCAGAUUUUUUCCUGGCAUUCACCAGCAGAUUCCAGUCAACUACCAGUAAUGGGACUAUCCUGGCCGUAUGUCGGCUCCAUUUGUGUGUGGGCUGGAACUCAUUCCUAACUCCAGUAGACGGCUCCUGUCUAGACACUUCACCAUCUUUGUCAUCACACGGUAUUGGGAUGGAGAAAACCGAGCUGGCAGAGAUCGUGUCUCAAGUGUCGGCAGUGAUCGACUCUAGCAACAAGUUGCCGUGGAUACUGUCAGCCCAACCUCUAGCCGUCCUGUUGCUGUGCCUGCUGCUGUGGCUGCCAGCUUGUGUGGCCAUCAUCGUCGUCCAUCUCGAUGAACUCAGCGGAAUUGCUCUGCCUGUACGUCUGACCGUGUUUCUCUUCCCUCUGGGUCUUGUGGUCGGAGGUUACCUCAUCAAAUGGCGCAGGUCCUACUGGAUGAGAAAGGUUGUGCAGCUGCUGGUUCAGAACUGUGUAGAGGUGAACCAGGCAUUUUACUUCCAGGGCAGACCACUGUUUGUGACGUCAGCCCACCUGCGAGCUAACAUGUUUUCCAUAUAUUUUGUCUACUUUGAUGCCACGGACUGUGUG